UACUCCAAUAUGAUGUCAAGUUUAAAAACUAAAAGUGAUUUAUAUUUGGCUUCAUCUCUGUGUGAUGGUCUUGAAGAUGAAAAUCUAAAUCAAGUUAAAACAUUGUUACAAAUAAAUAAAGCAAAUCCAAAUGUUAUUAUACCACUUUAUGGAAUAGCUCCAUUACAUUUAAUUGUUGGUAAUUCAUCAGAAUCAUUUGCUGAUGAAGUAACGAAGUUAUUUAUUCAACAUGGAGGUAAUCCAAAUGUUAGAUCACUUGAUGGAAUGACACCAGUACAUAUUGCAGCAUCAUGGGGUCGUAUGAAUAUUUUAAAAAUUUUAUUAAAUAAUGGAGGUGAUCCAUUGUCUGUUGAUGAUGAUGGUAAAACACCAUUUGAUUAUGCAUUUGAAGGAUCUUAUUAUAGAGCUAUUUCAUUGCUCAAUAAAUAUUAUCCAUAUAAUGAAAUGUCUAAAGGAAAUUUGUCUAAUGAUAGUGAAGAUAAUGAUGCAGAUGACAAUGACAAUGAUGAGGAUGAUGAUGACGAUGAUUAUGUACAAGACAAUCCAGUAGAAUUUAAAUUAGAAAAAAUAUUAAUCAAUAGAGGUGAUUAUGUUGCAGAGUAUGUACCAUCUGAAAUUGACACAAGUAUUAAUAAAAUUAAUAACACAACGUUAAUUACAAGUGAUUAUGAUGAUAGUUUUAUAAAAAAAUUAUCAUUAUCAAAUAGUCAAGAAUUUAAUUAUGAUGAUGAUGAUAGUUUUGAUGAAUCACAUAGCUCAUUUUAUCAUAGUUUAGCAUCAAUGAAUUGUGAUGAUGAAAAUAUAAUUGAAAAAAUUCCAAAUGAUAAUUUUAAUAAAAUUAAUUUUCAUUUGAAUAAAUUUGAUACUUCAAUUGUGAGUAAAUCACCGAAUUUUAAUGUUAUUAAUAUUAAUCAAAAAUUAAAAAAUUAUAUUAGUUAUGUUAAUUCAGCAUUGAUUAAAAACAAUAAAUAUAAUAUAAGCCUGAUCAAAAAAGACUGUCAAUCCAAAGAUAGUAUUUUUUUAAAUAGUUUAAAUUCAAAGUGUGUAUCUAAUAUUACACUUGAUGAAACAAAUCCAAUGACAAAUAGCCAGGAUAAUUUAUCUUUAACAAUUACAAAUGAUGAAGAAGAAAAAAGUCUUGAAUCAUCAUCAAAUGUAAAUUUAAAACACAUUUAUCCCAUUACGAAUUAUGAUGGUAAUAAUUUGUUUUUUGAUAAAGAACCUACUUCUUGUUAUCAUACUGCUAAAAAUAGCAAUAGAUUUGCUACAAACCAAACAACAAAAUUGGACAAUAAUCCUCAAGGUGACAUUGUUGAUUUUGAUGCAUCAAUUGGAUGUUCAGAAACUUCAUUUUACAGUAUUGAUGAAGAGUAUGAGUAUGUUGAUCCAGUUAAAAAUGUUGCAUUUAUCGAACGACGUUUGUUAGUUUUAUCACCGGGUCGAGAAGUUGACGAGAUGGACAAGGCAAAAGACGAAAACAGCUGGCUAAAAAAACUUGAUGAGUUAUCAAUUGAAUCAAAUGAAAAUGAGGCUUCUACAAGUUUGAAUAAAUGCUCAAUUGAUAAUGAAACACUUAGACGACGUCUUACUGAACAUGGUGAGAUACCAGGACCAAUAACAAACACAACGUAUCAUGUUUACUUGAAACGUCUUUAUAGAUUGGAACGUAAAUGUGAUAAAAAUUAUGAACAAUGUCGAAAGCUAGAUACAGUUAAUAAGGUGGAGAUGAAAAUUAGUCAAUCAUCGGGUUCAUCUAAAUUAUUAACAACAGAUUGGCUAACAAAUUAUAAGUUUUAUCAAGAUUUAGAAGAUAAAGCUCUUCGUGAAUAUCAAAAUAUAGAUGAUAAACGUAAAUAUCGUGGUGGUACUGGUAAAGUGUCAUUCAAUUAUCUUUUAUUGGAUCCAAGAGUAACAAAUGAUCUUCCUCGUAAAGCUGAUAAAUUAUCUCUUGCUGAACGUUGGACAAUAUUUAUUAAUAGUAUUUUUUAUAUUGGCAAGGGAAAAGCUGCAAGAUCUGCAGCUCAUUUGUAUGAUGCAUCUGAUGUUUGGACAGGAAAGAAAAAAUAUGUUGGAGGAUCAAAUAAAAAAAUUCAACGAAUUUUGGAUAUUUGGAAAAAUAAUAAAGGUGUUAUUUGUCUUCAUGUUUUUACAAAUACAAUGCAAGAAGAAGCUUUUACACGUGAAGCUGCAAUGAUUGAUGCACUUGGUACAGAAAAUUUAAGUAAUUGUAAUAGAGGUAAUUAUUAUGGUACUGCAAAAACAAUGAGUAAUCAGGAUAAAAAUUCAUUAGGUAAAUUUUUAUUAUACAAAGCUAUGGAAAUUUUUAUGUUUGAAGGAGAACGGCAAUUAUUUCCAAAAAAUAUUGAAUAAUUUUUAUUUUGUUUUUUUUUUUUUUUAAUUAUAUAUAUUUUAUAGAUCCAA